AUGUUCAAGCCUAGCUCAGGAGCAAAUUUUCUUGCCAAAAUAUGCAGGGCUCCGGCAACUGUAUCCCGGUUGUCUUGUGGGAGAUUUUUCAGUCAGUCCAGAGCUCUGAAAACGUACGAGGAAGAGAAGGUUAUCCUUGAUGAGUUGGCUACCACUCUGAUCGACAAAGAUGUUGCCAGACUCAAGAAUAUGAGAAACAUCGGAAUUUCCGCUCAUAUCGACUCCGGUAAGACUACGUUCACCGAGCGUGUUCUCUUCUACACUGGUCGUAUCAAUGCCAUUCACGAGGUCAGAGGAAAGGACCAGGUUGGUGCCAAGAUGGACUCUAUGGAACUCGAGAGAGAAAAGGGUAUUACCAUCCAAUCUGCUGCUACGUACUGUUCUUGGGAUAAAGACGGAGAGAAUUACCACUUCAAUCUGAUCGACACGCCGGGCCAUAUCGAUUUCACCAUUGAAGUCGAAAGAGCUUUGAGAGUGUUGGACGGUGCUGUCUUGGUGGUGUGUGCCGUUGCUGGUGUCCAGUCGCAAACCGUCACUGUGGAUCGUCAGAUGAGAAGAUACAACGUUCCCCGUGUCACCUUCAUCAACAAGAUGGACCGUAUGGGUGCCAAUCCAUGGAAGGCCAUCGACCAGAUUAACAAAAAACUGAGAAUCCCAGCUGCUGCCAUCCAGGUUCCUAUUGGCGAAGAGUCUGAUCUGGCCGGUGUUGUGAACAUCAUCGACCGUGUCGCUCUUUACAAUGAAGGCUCUCAAGGUGAAACCAUCAGGACUGCUGAGAUUCCAGACAACCUGAAGGAACUUGUCGAAGAAAAGAGAUCCGUUUUGAUCGAGACUCUGGCCGAUGUCGAUGACGAGAUUGCCGAGUGUUUCAUUGAAGAAGUUGAGCCAACUGUUGAGCAGAUCAAAGCUGCUAUUCGUCGUACCACGAUUGGCAGAAAGUUCACUCCCGUCUUGAUGGGAUCUGCUUUGGCUAAUAGAAGUGUCCAGCCUGUCUUGGACGCUGUCUGUGACUUCCUGCCCGAUCCUUCCGAAGUUCUUAACAAAGGUCUAGAUGUUUCUGAUCCCUCCAAUGAAAAGGGAAUUAUCCUCUCGCCCUCCUCCACUGAGCCUUUCGUGUCUCUUGCGUUCAAGCUUGAAGAGAGCAGAUACGGUCAACUUACCUACCUGCGUGUCUACCAAGGCAAACUCAAGAAGGGUGGAAUGAUUUAUCACGUCAAAUCUGGUAAGAGAGUCAAGGUCUCAAGACUGGUUAGAAUGCACUCCAACGAGAUGGAGGAUGUCGAGGAGAUUGGUGCGGGUGAAAUCUGCGCUACCUUCGGUAUCGACUGUGCUUCUGGUGAUUCGUUCACAGACGGAACCCACGUUUCCAUGUCUUCUAUGUUCGUUCCUGACGCUGUGGUUUCUCUGGCCAUCAAGCCAAAAACCAAGGAUGCUGCCAACUUCUCAAAGGCAAUCAACAGGUUCCAGAGAGAAGAUCCCACGUUCAGAGUCAGAUACGACUCCGAAAUGCAAGAGACCAUCAUCUCGGGAAUGGGAGAGCUCCAUUUGGAGAUUUACAUCGAGAGAAUGAGACGUGAGUAUAAUGUCGAGUGUACCACUGGUAAGCCCCAGGUGGCUUACCGUGAGUCCAUUGCCAGUUCCGCGGACUUCGAUGUCGUUUUCAAGAAGCAGUCUGGUGGUGCUGGUCAAUUUGCUCGUGUCAUGGGUACAUUGCAGACGUCUGAGGCUGCCGAUACCACUGGCUGUUUUAUUGCACCUGGUUCCGAGGACCCCAAGCUGGCAAACUCUUUCAAGACUGCGGUUGUCGGUGGAAGAAUCUCUGACAAAUUCCUGUUUGCGUGUCAGAAGGGUUUUGAGGACGCCAUUGAGAAGGGUCCUCUUAUCGGCCAGAGAGUGUUGGGUGUGAACAUGUUGAUCAACGAUGGUCAGAUCCACGUUGUCGAUUCGUCCGAGUUCUCUUUCAGAACUGCCACCCAAAUGGCCUUCAACAAGGCUUUUCUGGAAUCGCAACCAAUUAUCCUGGAGCCCAUCAUGGCUCUGAACGUUGUCUCGCCUAUCGAGUUUCAGGGUGUGGUGAUGGGUAUGCUGACCAAGAUCGGUGCCAUGAUCCUAGAGACUGAAAAUUCCAACGAUGAUUUCCAAGCCAUUUGUGACUGUCCUUUGAACCAGUUGUUUGGUUUGGCUACUAAACUGAGAGCAGUCACCCAAGGUAAGGGAGAGUUUUCGUUGGAAUUCAAGGAAUACCAGCCUGCCCCUCCUCAUUUGCAGAAGCAGUUGAUCGAGGAAUACCAGCAAAAAAACAAGAAAUGA